CCCGGGCGCGAUCGCUGUGUGAGAGACCCAGUGCCACGCGCGGCAGCGGCCGGGCGGGACCGAGAACCAGCCGGGCCUGCGCUGUGACUCGGCCGCAUGGAGCCUGCCGCCGCCUUACUGUCCCAGCGCCCCUUCCCACGUGCAGCUGCUCCGCCCUCGUCUCCUGCGGGCCCGGGGCCUCCUCAGAGUGCUGCGUCGGGACCUGAGCCGGAGGUGCUGGCUGGGGCACCAGCACCGGACCAUGGACGUCUCAUCACGGACCCGCGCAGUGGCCGCACCUACUUCAAGGGUCGCCUACUGGGCAAGGGGGGCUUCGCCCGCUGCUAUGAAGCCACUGACACACAGACUGGCAGCGCCUAUGCGGUCAAAGUCAUCCCGCAGAGCCGCGUCGCCAAGCCGCAUCAGCGCGAGAAGAUUCUUAACGAGAUUGAGCUGCACAGAGAUCUGCAGCACCGCCACAUCGUGCGUUUUUCUCACCACUUUGAGGAUGCAGACAACAUAUACAUUUUCCUGGAGCUCUGCAGUCGAAAGUCCCUAGCCCACAUCUGGAAAGCCCGGCACACCCUGUUGGAACCAGAGGUGCGUUACUACCUGCGGCAGAUCCUUUCCGGCCUCAAGUACCUGCACCAUCGAGGAAUAUUGCACCGGGAUCUCAAGCUGGGAAAUUUUUUCAUCACUGAGAACAUGGAGCUGAAGGUAGGGGAUUUUGGACUGGCAGCCCGGUUGGAGCCCCCAGAGCAGAGGAAGAAGACCAUCUGCGGCACCCCCAACUAUGUGGCUCCAGAAGUACUGCUGAGACAGGGCCAUGGCCCCGAGGCAGACGUGUGGUCACUGGGCUGUGUCAUGUACACCUUGUUGUGUGGGAGUCCCCCCUUCGAGACAGCUGACCUGAAGGAGACUUACCGCUGCAUCAAGCAAGUUCACUAUACUUUGCCUGCUAGUCUUUCACUGCAUGCCCGGCAACUCUUGGCCACCAUCCUCCGAGCCUCACCCCAAGACCGCCCCUCCAUUGACCAGAUUCUGCACCAUGACUUCUUUACCAAGGGCUACACCCCUGACCGGCUUCCUGUCAGUAGCUGCAUGACAAUUCCAGACCUGACACCUCCCAACCCGGCUAGGAGUCUCUUUGCCAAAGUUACCAAGAGCCUUUUUGGCAGGAAGAAGAAGAGUAAGAACCAUUCCGAGGUGCGGGAUGAGGUCUCCUGUUUGGUGAGCAGUCUCAUACGGACAUCCCUUGGCCAUCAGGAUCCUAGGCCCGAGGCUCCAGCAACUUCUUGUCCAGCUCCUGUCAGCCUAGUUGAGACAGCACCAGAAGACAGCUCCCCCCGGGGGACGCUGGCGAGCAGUGGAGAUGGGUUUGAAGAAGGCCUGACUGUGGCCACAGUGGUGGAAUCAGCCCUGUGUGCUCUGAGAAACUGUGUGGCCUUCAUGCCUCCAGCGGAACAGAACCCGGCCCCCCUGGCACAACCAGAGCCUCUGGUAUGGGUCAGCAAGUGGGUUGACUACUCCAACAAGUUUGGCUUUGGGUAUCAACUGUCCAGCCGCCGUAUAGCUGUGCUUUUCAAUGAUGGCACACAUAUGGCCCUAUCGGCCAACAGAAAGACUGUGCACUACAACCCCACUAGCACAAAACACUUCUCCUUCUCUAUGAGUGCUGUUCCUCGCGCCCUGAAGCCUCAGCUGGGUGUCCUGCGGUAUUUCGCCACCUACAUGGAGCAGCAUCUGAUGAAGGGUGGAGAUCUACCCAGUGUGGAAGAGGUGGAGGUACCUGCUCCCCCACUGCUGCUGCAGUGGGUCAAGACUGAUCAAGCCCUCCUCAUGCUGUUUAGUGAUGGCACCAUUCAGGUUAACUUCUAUGGGGACCACACCAAGCUGAUCCUCAGUGGCUGGGAGCCUCUCCUUGUGACUUUUGUGGCUCGAAAUCGCAGUGCUUGUACUUACCUGGCUUCUCACCUGCGGCAGCUGGGCUGCUCUCCGGACCUGCGGCAACGGCUCCGCUAUGCUCUUGGCCUGCUCAGGGACCGAAGCCCCGCCUAGGGUCCAGUCUGCAGGACAGCAGACUGACCUAGGCCCUCUGGCCUGAGGCUCGUGCUUAUAAGGCCAGGAGCCUUGCUUUGUGGCCCUCCCCCUCCCUUUGGUGCCUCACUGGGGGCUCUGGGCUGAAUCCCUCAGGGAAUCAGGGACCAGCUUCAUUUAGGUUGGUGGCUGCCUAGCCCUCCAUGCCACCCACCCCUUCUCCAAGAUAAGCCUGAGCCUUAGCCCUCAGCUAGGGGGCGUUAUUUAUGGACCACUUUUAUUUAUUGACAGACCUUUAUUUAUUGGGAUGAGAGCCCCAGGGAGGGCUUCUUCCUGGGAUAAUAAACCAUUUUUCAGAACUUGGA